GUGAGAUCACUUCAGCUCGCUUCCUCAUGCUGCAAACACUCAGUGCACCAGCCAUGGACACAGAUGAAGACUCGUACGCAGCUUUCCUGGAUCUGUUCAAUGACACAAACACGUCUGACACCAGCUACGUGGUCAAUGAAAACGUCAAGAUCUGUUCAAAACAGGUCGUCAACCAGUUUGGUGCAAGAAUCAUCCCGGUCUUCUACUACGUCAACUUCCUCCUGAGUUACCUUGGUAAUGGACUCGUCCUCCUCAUUAUCUACAAGUACGAGAAGCUGAGCACAGUGACCAAUAUCUUCCUGCUGAAUUUGGUCCUCUCCAACCUUCUGUUUGCCGGCAGCCUCCCCUUCUGGGCAGCAUACCACCAGAGAGAGUGGAUUUUUGGCAAAGCUCUGUGUAAGAUGGUCAGCAGCGCCUACUUCAUUGGUUUCUACAGCUCCAUCCUUUUCCUCACACUCCUGACCUUUGAUCGGUAUCUCGCGGUGGUGCACGCGAUUGCUGCUGCCAAGAGCAGGAAAAGAGCGUACGCCGUUGUUGCAUCAGUGACCGUGUGGUGCGUCAGCGUCGUGGCGAGUGUGAAGGAGCUGGUUCUCCAAAAUGUGUGGGACAGUCCUUUCAACGGGCUGGUGUGUGAGGAGACGGGAUACAGCGACAGUGUGAUGAACAUGUGGCGCCUGGUCAGCUAUUACCAACAAUUCCUGCUCUUCUUCCUCCUCCCUCUGUUCAUGGUGAUGUACUGCUACGUGAGCAUCACGGUGCGGAUACUGUCCACGCGGAUGAAGGAGAAGUGCCGGGCUAUCAAGCUCAUAUUUGUCAUCGUCUUCACCUUCUUCGUCUGCUGGACCCCCUACAACAUCGUCGUCCUCCUCCAAGCUGUACAGAUCUCCAGUCCCACAGAGGACGACGAUUCGUGCUCCGAGCGCUUGACCUAUGCCCUGUACGUGACCCGCAACAUAGCCUACCUGUACUGCUGCAUCAGCCCCGUGUUCUAUACAUUUGUGGGUAAGAAGUUCCAGAGCCACUUCAAACGGCUGAUGGUGAAGAAUAUCCCGUGUCUGAAGAGACACAUGAGCCCGAGCAGCUACAGCACGAGGAGCACGUCACAGAGGACGCCACACUCGGCUUAUGAGUACUAGACACACAGACACUCUGGUUUCCAAUGACUUCAGAGGACAUAACAUUGACAUGCAUCAUUUCCAGGAGCCUUACUCUAAUCUUCAUCAUAACUAGGACAAGUUUGAAUUCACCAGAAUCGCCAAAAAACGGCCGUUCAACUCAAGAUGGCGACCUUCCUGUAGGACUUACGGCAAAGUCCUCAUUGACUUUUUGGACCGUCCUGACAUGACUAACAUGUGUACCAACUUACGUUCAUGUACAUGAAACGCGACAAAAAGUCACCUGGUGAAAGCGGAUUUUCAUUUUCAUAAGACCCUCCCACAUCCAAUUUUCAACGCUACCACCACCAGGAGGCACUGUUUUCAAAAUGUACCGUUUCAGCAACAUAGUUGUCUUCAGCAACUAACCAUCAUCAACUAUAGCAAGUUUAGUUGGGAUAAGACAUUCCAUCGCGAAGUUAAAGGGGACAUAUUAUACCCUAUUUCCCCCAUUAAAAUAGUUCCGUGGU